UCAACUGGGGAAUGGCUCUUAUUUUUAUAUAUUUGGCUCAGUUCCCUACAUCUGAGAAAUGAGACCUUCUCAUGAGAGAAACAUAAUGUGAAAACUUUUCCCAAGUUUUCUAUUUUCCUUCAAACCUUCUAUUCUCAAGAAUAUCCACAAUACAACCAGAAAAAGGACGGGGAUCUUCUGUAAAAGAACCUGGGGUACACACACAAAUUCAAAGUCAUUUAUGAAUUCAGACAAGGGAGUUACCACUGUGUACUGGAGUAAUUCAGAAAAAUAAAAGCAGUGUGGCCAAUAAAUCAACAAGCAUUUAUACUGCAGGGAAAGGCAGUAGAAUUGAUCUGGGUUCAAAUCCCAGUUCUGCUAUUGACUAGUCUGACUUUAGGCAAAGCAAGUCACCCUUGAAUAAAUCAACCAAUGAGCAUUUAUUAGUCAUCUAUUAUGCGUCAGACACAUGGGAUAUAAAUACAAAGAAUGAAACAAUUCCUACUGGUAGGGUGGACUAGAUGAAAUCUACGGCUCUUUCUAGGCAUGGAUGCUAUGAAAAUUUCAGAGAACUGGAGGGGGAAGUAUUGGUUGCCAUAUUUUAGAAAAUAUGUAGAAAAGCUUUAGCACACAAGGUUGGUGAAGGGACAGACCACAUAUUAUUGUCAUACACAAAGGUUGGUCAAGGAAAUGGAGAUAUAUACCCUAGGGAAGGGAGGAUUUAAGCCUUAGAGGGAACAUGAGGAGUGAUGCCAACUAUUUGAAGGGCUGUCAAGUAAAAGAAAGACUGAACUUGAAUUUGUCCUACUUGGGAGUAAAGGUCAAAGGUGGAAGCAAUGGUAAUAAUUGCAGAGAGGCAACAUAAGGAAAAACUUUUAUACAAUUUGGACUGUCCCCAAGCGCAAUGAGUUGCCUCCAGAACAAACGGGGUUUUAAACCAAGGGACUCAGAAGGAAAGGGGACCUUGACGUUCAUCCAGUCCAAUCUUCUCAUUUUGCAGCUGGGGAAACAGGCCCGGGGAGGGAAGAGGAUCGCCCGAACCAGAACUAGAGCCAUCUGAGGUCCUUCCUCAAUCUGAGAUUUCACAUGGAAGAGGUUGUAGUGAGGCUUCCACAAACGUCUUUGUUGCACUGACAACACACAGUGCUUCCCUUAGUGGCCGGUGUUGUGGUCUGAGAGGCUGAGACCCCCUCAAAGACCGGAGUACAGGAUGGGGUCGUCUGAAACGAACUCACAGCCUGUAGCGUUCUUUAAGUCCCUGUCAUGCCAUACAGCGGGCAAGGGCUCUUCAGGCCCCCCGGGAGAGCCUGGGAGUGGCGCUGGGUUGAUAUGGGAAAGGACCGCCAGGGACGCUGAUUCGGUCAUCUAAAGGCCCAGGAGUCUUUGGGAGCUGCGCAGGGGAAAGCCAGGGAGACCAUCACACACUGAGGGCGUGCCCGGACCUCGGGGAGCGGGCGGGAAGAAGAACGGGGCCAGCAGGGGCCAGGAGCUCCUGGCCAGGCCCUUCUGUCCCGAUGAGAGAAGGUCUCUCGAAGGCCGGGGCCUACUAAGCUCGGGAGGCUCCAGAGCCGCGAUGUGAGCGCUGGGCCCCCUCAGCCCGGCUCUGCGCAGCUGCACCAGGGAGGGAGAUGAGGGUCGUGCUGCCCGGCGCAGUGUCCUCGGGCGGGGGGGCCACUGCGAGGGACAGUGUUUCCGAGGCUAGGGAGAAACUGCAGCAUCCCAUCGGCUGGCAAGCAGCAGGCGCUUAAUCAAGGAGACUGAGGAAACCACAGAACACAGCUGGAAGGGACAUUAGAGCUCCUGGAGUCCGACCCCCUCCUUUUAGAGAGGAGAAGACGGGAACCAGCUCUUACAUCUCCUGACUCCUUAGCAGGGUUCUUUUCGUCACCUCCGGCUGACUCCAUCUAGGCAAAGCUCUUCUCCAUUCUGUACAUGCGGAAAACUGAGGCUCAGAGAGGGAAGGUGACCCUGCCGAGGUGUCACAGUGAGUCAGUAGCGGGGCCAGUGGGAUACGCUAACUUCCUUUCCUGGGCACUUUAAUGCCCGUUUCUGCCACACUCAACAUGGUGUUCUCGCCUUGUCCCCGCGACGCCACUCCUAACAUGGCAGCCCAGGCUACCCCGCCCCGGAAGUGGUCCUGAGCAAGGCCGGAAAGGGAAGCGGAGCGGCGGUAGAGCCGGAAGUGUUUGCCGGGGUUCUCUCUCCCUCCCCCUUCCCUAGCCACAAUAACAGACCGGAGGCCGCCGGGCAGACGCAGCCGCAGCCUCGGAGCCGGAACAUGGUCCUGCCGCGGGCCCAGCCCCGCGCAGCCUCCGCCGCAGCCUCGGCCUCCGGGCGCCCGCAACUUUGAACUCAAGUAACCAAGUUGCAAUUGGUCAUUUUCUCCUGGAGUCAUCAUAAGGAUGGGCCCACGAAGAAAAACUGUGAAACCAUGUCUGCCAAGUAAGGAAAACCCUGAGGUGACAAAGUCAGAUGAAACAAAAGAUUACAUGAACCAGCUCUCACAUGAAGUACUCUGCCAUAUCUUUAGGUACCUCCCUCUGCAGGAUAUCAUGUGUAUGGAAUGCCUCUCCCGGAAGCUGAAGGAGGCAGUGACCCUGUAUUUGAGAGUAGUGAAGAUUGUAGAUCUCUGUGCAGGCCGCUGGUGGGAAUAUAUGCCAACUGGCUUCACUGAUUCCAGUUUUCUAACACUGCUCAAGAAGAUGCCAGACAUUGAGCAGCUCUAUGGCCUUCACCCUAGGUACCUUGAGAGGCGACGGGUUCGUGGCCAUGAGGCCUUUAGCAUUCCUGGAGUGCUAGAAGCCUUGCAGGCUUGCCCAAACUUGCUGGGUGUGGAAACUUCACAUUUGGAGUUGGUGGAAGCGAUUUGGACAUAUAUGCCUCAAGUUCAUAUUUUGGGGAAGUUUCGUAAUCGCAAUGGAGCUUUUCCCAUCCCUCCUGAAAACAAAUUGAAAAUUCCUAUAGGAGCCAAAAUCCAAAUCUUGCAUCUAGUGGGGGUGAAUGUUCCUGAAAUUCCUUGUAUCCCAAUGCUAAGGCACCUUUAUUUGAAGUGGGUGAGACUCACCAAGCCCCAGCCUUUUAAAGAUUUCCUUUGCAUCAGCUUACGCACUUUUGUCAUGAGGAACUGUGCAGGGCCUACAAACUCUUUGAAGUAUGUCCCAUUGGUAACAGGAUUAGCUUCUGCCCGAAACUUGGAACAAUUAGAAUUGGUUCGAGUUCCUUUUCUUGGAGGUCUCAUCCAGCAUGUAGUUGAAGACAGUUGGCGAUCAGGUGGUUUUAGAAAUUUGCACACUAUUGUUUUGGGAGCUUGCAAGAAUGCUCUUGAAGUAGAUCUUGGCUACCUCAUCAUCACUGCUGCUCGAAGGUUACAUGAAGUUAGAAUCCAGCCUUCUCUAACCAAAGAUGGCGUCUUUUCUGCACUUAAGAUGGCAGAAUUGGAGUUCCCACAGUUUGAAACCCUCCACUUGGGAUAUGUAGAUGAGUUUUUACUGCAGUGCAAAAUGACCAAUGCUGAUUUGGUGAAGUAUGGUUUAGCUGAUGUUGUGGAAAAUCCUGGCAUUAUCACAGAUAUCGGGAUGAAGGCUGUCAAUGAGGUUUUCUCCUGUAUCAAAUAUUUGCUCAUUUACAAUUGUCCUCAUCUGCAUAACCCAAAUAAUUGGAUCACAGACCAUUCAAGAUGGACGCGACUAGUUGACCUCACUUUGGUGAGAUGUCAUGCAGUUAAACUGGAAUCGUUUAGUCAGUUCAUUGAGUUGUUGCCAAGCCUGGAGUUUAUCUCUCUGGACCAGAUGUUUCGAGAACCGCCCAAGGGUUGUGCUCGUGUUGGUCUGAGUGCAGGUACGGGGAUUGGUGUUUCGUCAGCCCUGGUGAGCAACCAGAAUUCCAACAAUGAAAAUGACAAUCAUCCAAACAACAACCCGAACGCACCCAACAAUAAUCCCCAGCAGGCCAAUGACCAGAAUGAGGAGAAUGAGAUGCGCCAGGAUGGGCAGGCUGAAGAGCAGCAGAUUGCAGCUGAGGCAUUGAAUGAGAUGGAAGAAGUGCCUCAGGAAGAUGGAGAGAGUAGAAAUGAAGGCCCAGCUCAUGGCCAGGCUGUUCUUCCCAUGGAGGUUGAUGAAGAACAAGCAGGACCCAGUGGUCUUCAGCCCGCUGCAAAAGCAACACCAAUUACUGUUCACGAUUCAGACAGCGAAGAUGAGGAAGAAAAUAUGGGAGCCCCUGGAAACUGCAUUGCUAAGAACAGUUCUCAGAACUUUUCUGACAAAGAAGACAAAAUCAGAGAGCCUGUAGAAUCCAGGCAGCUGCCAGUGAGUGGAAAAGGCAAGACGCCACUUCGAAAGAGAUGCAGCUCCUCCCAUCAGAUGGGCCAGUUGAAGUCAUCUUCCAUUGAGGAAAAUAGCUGUGAGAAAGGCUGCCAGGUCACAAGUGAACAGAUCAAAGCAGAUAUGAAAGCAGCCAGCGACAUGCCUGAGAAGAAGAAAAGCAAAGAUGUGUAUCCCAGUUGUGGCAACAGCCCAGGCUGUGUGGGCAACUCCCCCUCAUGCAACGCUGCUCCUCAAAGCCCUGACUUUGUAAGGACCGUGACUGGCAACUCUGGUGAGCCCAGCACCCCAGCCCCAGACCCAUCCCAGCCAUGUGUCUGCUCUCCUUGUAAGACUGAGGGGUCAGGGGCCGGUGAUAGAGAAAACUCAGUCUCCUCCCAGUGCUCCUGCAGUAGGUCUCAGGGACCACAAAGCAGAACUAGCAGAUGUUCUGAUGAGGAACGACCUUCCACCAGCAGAGCCUGUGUUGUAAAUGGUCCCAAUGGCAUAGGAUCAGACUUCUCCUUUAGGACUCUCCCACAUGGUGGGUCUCGAAGCCCAGCCAAUGAUGAGAGGACUAAUGGGAAUGUCUAUGGGGCCACAGGGGAUGACAGGAGAGGAAGCUCCCAGUCUGAGAAUUUUGAAAUGGAGUAUAAUGAAGACUACCCUCGAAGACCUCUAACAAGAGCCAGGAGCAAACUCUCCCAUGUACCACUGGUAUCUGAGUCAGAGGUUGCCAAACCAAAGCCACGUCAUGCCAUGAAGCGGAAAAGGACGGCUGAUAAGUCCACGAGCACCAGUGAUCCUGUUAUCGAGGAUGAUCAUGUGCAGGUUCUUGUCUUGAAAUCCAAAAAUCUUGUUGGAAUCACAUUGACCAACUGUGGAAUCACAGAUCUAGUACUAAAAGAUUGUCCUAAGAUGAUGUUCAUUCAUGCUACAAGAUGUCGAGUACUGAAGCACUUGAAAGUUGAAAAUGCACCAAUUGUGAACCGAUUUGACUACGCGCAGUGCAAGAAACUGAACAUGGAUCAGGUACUAGAUCAAAUCCUAAGGAUGCCUGCAGAAAGAAAUAGGAUCAUAUACCUUCGCCCAAUGCAACAGGUCGACACACUGACUUUGGAACAGAAGAUAUUCAGCGGCCCUUAUCCCUAUCACAUCUGUAUCAUUCACGAGUUCAGUAACCCUCCCAAUGUGCGGAACAAAGUUCGCAUUCGCAGUUGGAUGGACACAAUAGCAAACAUCAAUCAGGAACUCAUUAAGUAUGAGUUUUUUCCUGAAGCCACACGAAGUGAAGGAGACCUAAAGAAGUAUACCAAGUACCCUUGGGGAAGAGAGAUUUAUACUUUAGAAGGUGUUGUGGAUGGAGCCCCAUAUUCCAUGAUUACAGACUUCCCAUGGCUGAGGUCACUACGGACAGCAGAGCCUAAUAGCUAUGCAAGAUAUGACUUUGAAGAUGAUGAAAGAACCACCAUUUACGCUCCCCGGAGGAAAGGGCAGCUGUCUGCUGACAUCUGUAUGGAAACAAUAGGGGAGGAAAUCUCAGAGUUGCGUCAAAUGAAGAAAGGAGUUUUUCAGCGAGUGGUUGCCAUUUUCAUCCACUAUUGUGAUGUCAAUGGAGAGCCAGUAGAGGACGACUACAUAUGAUUGGGUGGAGUGUGCCCCACCAGCCACUGGUCACUCCCACUUUCCAGCUGUUCCUCUGGCAGAAAACAAGAGGAUAUGUUGGGCUGCCUUAGUGCACUUCUAUGUCUCAGGGCCAGGUCCUCGAAGGGGGUGGGGGAUACUGGCUUGAUUGGGUGUAGAGUAUGUAGUAAAUGUAUAAGGAGCAUUAACAGUGUGUACAAAGAUUUGUACAUAGCAGAAAUAUGGGGGGGGGGGAAGCUUCUUGGAGCUCAGACUUUAUAUCAUAUGUUUAUACAAUUUAAUUUAAAAAUCCAUUUAAAUGAAGGCAGGUAACACAGAAGAGUUGACACAUUUGUUUUGUUUUUUUUUUUUUCUUGGCUCUUUCAGUUCCUAAGUGUCUCUUCAUUUGCCAAGCCAAGACCUCGGUUGCUACAUUCAGAAAAAUCACUGGCGUCUCCUUAAAUCUGUGCCUUUUUCUUCUUGAGCGAGUCUGUUUGAGUAAAUCUGUUGAGCAGUUUGUGUGUCUCGAGUGCAUUAAAAAAAAAAAAUCAGAGUGCUGUAGCAUAGGAGAGCACGAUUGGAGAGGGUGGAAUAAGAUUUUCUGUACGAGACUGUACUUUCUAUUUUUUUUAAAAGCAUUACAGUUUCCACAUUUCUUAAAAUCAAAUAAAUAAAAAAAGGCUUAUGGACUGCAAUUCCCUGAGUUUGAAAACCUGAAUUCCAAAGCAUUUUCUAGUUAUUUAUUUCCACAUUUGAUUGUGUAUUUGUUUUAUCUUGGAAUAUGAAAAUAAAACUUUAUUACAAACUGGG